CCAUACCUCCAUUUCUUCUGUAAGUUUAUGUUCUCAUUUUAGAAAGAGAGAGAGAGGGAGGGAGGAGAUUUUAAAGAGAGAAAGCGAGUGAAGAGGUGAGCAUGGCAGGAGGGUUUGGAGGAGCAGAAGUCCUACAUGAGAGGGCUCAACAAUAUGAGCAUAGAAUUACCUGGUAUUUCAUCUUUACUUGCAUUGUUGCCGCUCUUGGAGGCUCUCUCUUUGGCUAUGAUCUUGGUGUUUCAGGUGGAGUGACUUCCAUGGAUGAUUUUUUGAAGGAGUUCUUCCCUAAAAUCUAUAGAAGGAAACAAUUACACCUCAAUGAGACAGAUUACUGUAAAUAUGAUAGCCAGAUCCUGACACUCUUCACAUCCUCUUUGUACUUUGCUGGCCUGAUUUCGACAUUUGGAGCUUCGUAUGUUACUCGAAGCAAAGGUAGGAAAGCCAGCAUCAUUGUCGGUUCAAUCAGCUUCUUCUUAGGAGCAGUCCUCAAUGCUGCUGCUAAAAACAUAGAAAUGUUGAUCUUUGGAAGAAUAUUUCUUGGAGUUGGAAUUGGAUUCGGAAAUCAAGCAGUUCCGUUAUACCUCUCAGAAAUGGCUCCUGCAAAGAUUCGAGGUGCAGUUAACCAACUUUUCCAGCUCACUACAUGCUUGGGGAUCUUGAUAGCCAACUUGAUCAAUUAUUUUACCGAGAAGAUUCAUCCAUGGGGUUGGAGACUGUCGCUUGGAUUAGCUGCAGUGCCGGCAGUUCUUAUGUUUGUUGGGGGUCUCUUUCUUCCUGAGACCCCAAACAGUCUUGUAGAACAAGGCCGGUUAGAAGAAGGAAGAAGGAUACUAGAAAAAGUAAGAGGUACAACAAAAGUUGAUGCAGAGUUUGCUGACCUGCUUGACGCCAGUAAGGCAGCUCAAGCCAUUAAGCACCCAUUCAGGAACCUACUAGCGCGAAAAAAUCGUCCUCAGUUGGUAAUUGGAGCACUGGGAAUCCCAGCAUUCCAACAGCUCACUGGCAUGAACUCUAUCCUCUUUUAUGCCCCCGUCAUAUUUCAGAGCUUAGGUUUUGGCUCAGGGGCAUCUCUGUACUCAUCUAUCUUUACCAGUGGAGCGCUUGUUAUAGCAGCACUUAUUUCAAUGCUUUGGGUUGAUAAGUUUGGCAGAAGAGCUUUCUUCUUAGAAGCUGGUACCGAAAUGAUAUGCUGCUUGGUUGCUUUGGCCAUUACUCUAGCACUGAAGUUCGGACAAGGAGAAGUCCUUCCAAAAGGAAUUGGAAUCUUCCUUGUGAUUGUUCUUUGCGUGUUUGUUUUGGCUUAUGGAAGGUCUUGGGGUCCUUUGGGGUGGCUAGUUCCUAGUGAGCUAUUCCCCCUGGAAACGAGAUCAGCAGGACAAAGUGUUGUGGUGUGUGUCAACCUCUUCUUCACAGCUUUGAUAGCACAGUGCUUCCUCGUGUCACUCUGCCAUCUUCGAUAUGGGAUUUUUCUGUUGUUUGCAGGCUUGAUAGUCAUUAUGAGUAGCUUCAUCUUCUUCCUCCUUCCAGAAACAAAGCAGGUCCCCAUAGAAGAAAUAUAUCUUCUUUUUCAGAAACAUUGGUAUUGGAAAGGGAUAGUUGGAGAUGUGGAGCCAGUUGAACCCAGUGGGAAGUCAGGAGCAGUAGUUUAGAUCUGUAGCACAAACACAUUGUGCAGAUUUCUUAGUCACACUUGGUUUUCUGAAUUCAGUUUUAGUCUUAUAAAUAAUCAAGUAUUAAUUUCAACAGUCUGGAAUCAAAUCAGCCAUAUGUGAAUACCAGUGCAUGACAUGUACUCUGCCUCACCUCCUAUUAAGUCUUAUGAAAUUGAGCAUCUGAAUAUA